AUGCAUUUUCAAAUCACUACGAUCACCGCUCUCGUAGCUCUCUCAUCUGCCCUACCAACACUCAAGGUCCGCCAGUCCGGUCCCGUUCUUGCAGACACAACCUAUGAUGCCAUCUCCAUCUCCGGCGGACAAGCCGGCAAUGCCGAGGCCGAAGCCCUCGCAGUUUUUUCCGCGCUCGACCUUAACAACCCUGCCAAUAUCGACGCCGCAGAUCUCGACUUCCUCGGCCAGGUCAACGACGUAGCGAACGAUGCCGAGACUGAGGCCUUCAACCCCGCCAUCGAGGCUGCCACAGACGCCGAAGCUGACGCUCUGGCCGCCGGAAAGACGAAGAACAAAGUCCUGAAGUUGAUGGCGACGAAGAUCGAGCUCGAGGCCAAGCAGGCUCAAGGCGAGGAUGUGGCCGCGAAGCUGGAGGAUGAGUUGGCAAAGCUGAAUAACAAUAUUGCAACCGAUAAGGAGAAUGCUGGCAACCCAAGCACAGCUUUGCCCUUCGAUGCUACAAUCUCAGGUGGAGGCAAC